AUGCCAAUGGACCAGGCAACAGGCUGGGGUGCGUAUCAGCAAUUCGCCGGCCAUCCGGUGCCGCAGAUAUCUCCUUAUGCCGCUUUCCCUCCCCAAGUAGUCCCAAAUAUCCCUUACUCAAUGAUGUACGGAUCCACAGUCGGACGAUGCGACGAACAGCAGGGUUACGCCCCACAACAGGGAACUUUCGACGGGGCUACUUGGCCUGGCUACCCUGUUCAGCCGGAUGCCCGUGAUACCCGUGGCCGGCGAUCUAGAGACGCACAUGUCCACUCCUCUAACAUUGCAACUCCUCCAGAGACCCCCGCGCUAAAGGAACCGAGGUCCCGCAGAAGAGGAAUUUCUCUGGAUGAUUCCGAGGGCUCACGAUCGCGGGGCUACGCGGUAGCUCGCGGCGACGAGGAAGUGGGGAAGAGCAAAUGGACGCCCGUUGAACGACACCUUAACAACAUAAGGGGAGGCUACGGCGAAGCCUACCGACCCCCUGAAGAGGAAGAGAGACCCCCCAGGAAACCUUCUGCUCGGGCAAGGCGCAAGAACUCGAGCGUUAGAGAUGACGUGUAUUCGGGCUUUCGCCCUUACUACUUGCGGGAUAAGAAGCCGUUCGUCGAGGAAGACAUCCCCCGGCGAACCUACCAGAGUCUCUCGGAGCUUGCGAGCUGCUUCGCUAACCUAGAAGCGGAGGACCAAGACGACGUCAUCAGUCUGCUUUUACUUUGCAGAAAGCUGGAGCAGGAAGUGGAGAAACAGCAUGUCGUCAUAGACAUGCUAGAGCACGAGUUAUCAGAGGCACAGAAAGUGCUGAAAUUUCCGCCCGAGUGGAGAACACUGGAAGGUCUUGACCUUGCGGGAAUGGUUCCUUCAGAUGCGCCUUUCCAAGCAACUGCGGCAACGCCCCUCUACAUAAAGAGCGCGAAGGUGCUGCCGACAAAUGUACCGGAUGAACAUGUCGUCAAUUUCGGGGGAGGGGUCCCUCCUGCAAAAGACAGCAAAGUGGGCUCCGCUGCUCCCCCUUCACCAGCCAAGACCGCCGCAGCACCGACUGUCGCAGGGGCUGCUGGCCCCAAGCCCGCCGGCGGCACUGCAGAGUCGCUGAAGAAGCCCCCAACCCCUUUCAAGCCUAAGCCUGCGGCGAUGGGGUUCAAGAAACCCGUGUUUAAGAAAGCGUAG